CACACUGUGUGGGGUGCAACAGAUUCCAGUCAGACCAAGGAGACACCGGUCAUGGCUAGCUGUUUCAUCACAAUACAUAAGACAGGCAGACGGACAGACGGCAGGACGGACACGCGGGCGGCGGCUGUGAUUGGCGGCUCUGCGGCAGGCUGGUGGAAGAUGUCGUUGGGAGCCGGCGGAAGGGGCGGGCGGCGGCUCAGGGGCACUGGGGGUGGAGGAGGAGGGAGAGGGGAGGUGGCGGAGGAGGGCCUGGUGGGCAUCCCCUUCCCCGAGCACAGCGCAGACAUCCUGGGCAGCCUGAACAAGCAGCGCCUCAGCGGCCUGCUGUGUGACGUGCUCCUGGUCAACCAGGAGAAGGAGUUCCCCGCCCACCGCUCGGUCCUGGCCUCCUGUAGCCCCUACUUCUACAAGCUGUUCACCUCUGGUCCAACUGCCGACCAGCAGCACGUCUACUCCAUCGACUUUGUGGCGGCCGAGGCCCUAGGCGCCUUGCUGGACUUUGCCUACACAGCCACGCUGACCGUCAGCCACAGCUCCGUGGGAGACAUCCUGGCCGCUGCCCACCUGCUGGAGAUCUCGCCUGUCCAGGAAGUCUGCACUCACCUGCUGGACACCAAAGUGCUCUCCCCGCCGGCGGGCAGUGAGCGAGGAGAAGAAGAGGAUGAUGAUGAGGAGGAGGGGAAAGGUGGAGGAGGAGAGGUGGAGCAGGGGAAUCGGCUGCGGGCCCAGGAGUAUCUACAGUACUUCCAGAGAGGGGCCCACUGGAGCAGCAGCUGCAGCACGCCAGAGCUCAGGGACAUGCCCACAAACCUGCACUUUAAUCAUGGCAAUGGGGCCCAAAGCAACGGGGCCCCCGGGGGCCCCAGAGAGUACUACUCUCCCCUGGACCUCGCCCUGACCCAGGCCCCCACACAAGACCCUGAAGAUGAAGAGGAUGAGGAUGAGGAGGACGAAGGGGAAGUGGAGCACUCUGAAAGUGGCAGGGACAUGCUGGCCUGGGCCAGGGGUAACGGAGGGGGGCCAGGGGCCUCUUUCUACGUCCCAGCCCAGAACGGACAUUUUUACCUCCCAACGAAGCCCAAACUGGAGAUGGAGGAAGAGGGGGAGGAAGAGGGGGGGCGGGAUGGAGAGAGGGGCUCGGCCAGCGCCCUCCUGCAGAAGAUGAUGGACUCCAUCGAGAGGCAGAAGGAGCGGGCCGCGGCUGGGGAGGAGCUGGGGGAGGGAGAGGACCCGGACGUGGAGUUUUACUUGAAUUACUUUAACAGCACGCAGCACGAAGAUGCCGCUGCCGCCGUCUCACAGGGACUGCUGCCCCUCUGGACGGCACGGGGCGGCUCUAGCCGAGAGAGAGAGAGGGGGGGAGGAGAGAGGGGAGGAAAGGGAGGAGAAGAGAGGGGGGGUGGGGAGAGGAAGAUGCGCUCCAAGGCCUUCCAGAAGUGCCCCAUCUGCUCCAAGGUCAUCCAGGGUGCAGGCAAGCUACCCCGCCACAUCCGCACGCACACGGGAGAGAAGCCCUAUGAGUGCGCCAUCUGCAAAGUGCGCUUCACCAGGCAGGACAAGCUCAAGGUUCACAUGCGUAAGCAUACGGGAGAGAAGCCUUACCUGUGUACGCAGUGCGGUGCUGCGUUCGCCCACAACUACGACCUGAAGAACCACAUGCGCGUGCACACAGGCCUGCGGCCCUACCAGUGCUCCAGCUGCUUUAAAACUUUUGUGCGUUCAGACCACCUGCACCGCCACCUCAAGAAGGACGGCUGCAACGGCAUCCCCUCCCGCCGUGGCCGCAAGCCUCGUGUGCGGGACCCCGGGCUCCUGGAGGUCCCUGUGGGGCUGGUGGGCCCCGGCCCUCGGAGUGGCAGGGGGAGACGGCGCAUGGAGGCGGCUUCAGCUGCGGCGGUGGAGGGGGCCUCCAGGGCCCAUGCACACAGUCCUCAGCCCCAGGAGAUGGCAGGGGAGCCGGGGGACUGAGACAGGGAGGGACGCUGGACGCCAUAUUCAUACUGGGACCCUGAGGGGCCGCCACCAAAACCAAGGGAGAAAAGAACACGCUAUGAACAACGGCAAACAAAAUAAACACAACAACUAACUAUUCCUCUAUAUACCAAAUCAGGGUGUCACCAAUCUAAUAUUUUCCGUUUAUUUUAUCCCUUUGCUUUAGGAAACAGAGUAGACACACACACACACACACACACACACACACACACACACACACACACACGAGUCAGCGUUCUGUUAAAGAGCAAAGAACGCUUCAAAUCACACCUCCAUGAUGUCUCCUUUCUGGGUCAUUUCUGCCUCAUCUGGGUUUCUGUACAUUUGGCAAAAGUGCUUAAGCUUAUGUAUAACCAAACAACAGAAAAACCUGAGAAACUAUGCAGUUAAAAUAGAUUCUAUUGGUUUGGACUUCAUAGCCUUCAAACUUUGAGGUGUCCCACAUCUAUUGGCUGCUGCAUUGGUGAACGGAGUGUGAUCUCUCAUAUUCAGAUGGAAAGCAACCGAUCUUUUUCUAUUCUUUUGCAUUUCUACAAUGUACAGUUACUAUAGAAAUAGUAGUAUUGUCAGAAUAUGACAAUAUAUGCAAGAUUAACUCAACCACACCUCUGAUGCAGAAAUAAUCAUUGUUUUCAAAUGCUCCAGAAAGAAUCAGACAAGGAUUUGAUUUAAGUGUCACUUACUCUUUAAAAUAUAUUUUUAAAUCUAUGGUUCAUCUUUUUAAAAUGUUAAAUGUCGAGUUGAAUCCACAUUUGGGGGGGGCUCUUCCAUUGCAGGGGUAAGGACCGCAAGAGCAGGGGGGGGUGUUUCUAAAGCACUACUAUGGUCAUGUUGCCAGGUGACCACGUCGUUGACCACCAAUCACAACCCUGACAUUUCAGCCUUUCUAUUUUCUUUUUGAUUUGUCUUCAUUUUUUCCCGUUUGUUUGUUUCUUGUUUGAGUUGACUGCUUUGGGUACUUGACACUUUACAUUUGUAUACAUGUAGAUACGUUAGGCGGUGAUUAUAUUGGUCCCUUUUUAAUGCUGAGAUAUAUUAGCCUACCAAUUGGGGUUUCCUUCAGCUUGAUGUCAGAUUUCUCACAGAGUGAAGAUUGUGGGUGAAAGAGAAAAGAAACUGUAUGAAUGUUAGAGUAUAUUGAAUUGAGAAACCCAUUGGUCCUAAACUUAACACUUGAUUGAGAUGUAUAGAGUUGCUGCCCAAAGAAAGAAGAGUUACUAGCUAUGUGCUUAACUUUGUGCAGUUCUGACAGAAUCUUCCCUGGUGUGAGGAGAGAGGGCAGUGUCUAACCAGCAGCAGGUUGAAAGAGACCAAAAGCAGGGAUAGACAGAGAUGAGAUGAGCACCUUUUUUAUACGUUUGCACAGCUUUACUAAAGAUAUCCCAACAGAGAGAUGUAUAUUUAAAGGGGGUCGUCAGGGAAAGGAGGUGUGUAAUAGUGCGUAUUCCAAUCUUUUUUUUGUCCCGGGGACCACGAAAACCGCGAGGCAACCUGUGUGGUGAAGAGAGCAAUAAAUACCUGUCCAAGUUGGAAGGCCAAAUAAGUGCGCAACUGGGUGUUGGGGGAUGGGUGGCGAGGGGAGGGCGAGUGGAGGGGGAUUUCACAAUGUCUGUUGCAUUCCAAAAUAUAAUCUCCUCGGCACAGCCAUGUUUCCAGGCAGAACGGGUUCAAAUCAGGCCUUCUCUCUCCCACUUUAGUCCUCCAAUGCCCCAAAACCAGCCUGUGGAGAGCAGGGUAUUAUAGAGCCCUGGGUAGAGAAGGUCUACUCAGUGGCUGACUGGACUGCUGCUGGGUGUUUGUGUGUGUGGCAGUCAGGGUCUUUUCUCUGGCCACAUCAGUGCAGUGUGACUCACUCACAGACGGGCUGGGAGUGUCAGCAGCUCCUCCAGUUGUGGGCACGUUCAAACACGCUCCCCAAACUGCUGGCGCACUAAAAACCAGGCAGACACUAAAGUGGGCGAAAAACAUGAGGGCAGCCACUAGAUGUUGCUCUACAGACUUAUGACGUGUGUUCGGUAUGGGCCACUGGCUCACAUACAUCUGGACAUGUUUGUCUUGGUCAGUACACUCUUAACCACACAGAGGAGAGGGUGCCGUGCCAGUGACUUAGAUCCAAUUCCCCUGCCAUUGCUGCAAUGCGGUGUCCUGAGUAUCAGUCCUUUGCACCUUAAUGGGAAAGAAGCAGGUUCUGAAUGCACUUUGUUACUGAGAAGGGCACUUUUGUCAAAGAAACGGGUACUUUGAAACAAAGUAAGGCGAAUGAGCUUAAUAUCCCCAACGCAAGUGCUGCCGUUAAGCUUGUUUUCUGGUUUUGUUCAGUUUUUGACGACAAGCUGCCAAAAAAGAAAGAAAUGUAUGUGCGCUUUGGAUCUCUUAAGAGAAUUCAGGCAGGUUCAGAAAUUAACAUGUUGGGUUUUGUGACCAUACAAACUUUUAAAAAUACAAAAUAACCCCAUGUAACUGAUUGCACUUGAAGUUAAGUUUUGGUUUAAAAAAAUAUAUAUAUAUAUAUAUA